CGGCGACGCGGCUGCAAGCGCCGGUGAUGCCCCGUCCCCCUCCUCCACGCUCUUGGCACCCUUUGCACCCAAAGAGCGAACGAAAAUAACGCUGCUCCUUUCAAGAAAUCCCAGGACCGCGCCAGCUCGGGCUGCCUGCUGCCUCCCUCCUGCCCAUGGCUUCGGAGGCGGCUGCUAACCCGGGAGCAGAGCCCACGGCCCCCGCAGCCCCCACGGUUGGGAAGAAGAGCUGGAAGAAAGCGAAGGAGAAGCCCGAAGCCAGGGAAGAUGCCCAGGAGGGAGGGGACGAGGCGGCCAAAAUCGAGGGGCUCACGCGAGCCGGGCGCCAGGCGCUGGCACUGGGCGAUGCGCGGGAGGCAGUGGGGUGCUGCAGGAGGGCGCUUCGCCUCUCCGGGGGCACGGCGAGCCCCCAGCUCCGCAGGGCUUGUGCCUUCAACCUGGGGGUUGCCUACGUGGAGACCGGGAAGCCCAAAAAGGGCCUUGAGUUCCUCCUCCAGUCGCAGGCCUCGGAGGGAGAGAGCGGGGAGCACUCGGGGGACCUUUAUUUCAAUAUCGGGGCAGCUCACGAAGGGCUCCGGGACUUUCCGAAGGCUCUGGAGUAUUUUGGCAAAGCCACCGGCCACGACCGCGCGGCGCAGGCUGGCACGGGACACGGCUCCGGGGGAGCGAGGCGUGAGUAG